UUCAACAGUUGCUGCACACACAGCAAGGUUAAACAAGAACAACAACAGCCAAGUUCAAAAAGCUUGAAAUCAUGAAGCAAUUUUUACUACUUUGCCUGGUUUUCGCUGCGCUUUUCGCUGCCAACGCCAGCGUGCUGCCAGCCGCCAAUCAGCAUGGAGAAAUGGUCUGGCAGGAUGAGGUGUUCAAUCCCGUGCGGGAUAAAUGCAUUUUCAGCUGUACGAAUCAAGGUCUGAGCGUGUGUGCCUAUAAUGGACAGUGUCUGCAGCUCUUCACCAGUCGCUGCAAAAUGUCCGCCUACAAUUGCCGCAAUCCUCAAAAGCGCUUCGAUAUUGUCGAAAAUUAUCGCUGUACACAGGGACACGUGCCUCUCUGCAGCAAGGCAUAGCGCAGGGAGCUGGGCAUAACUGCAUAAAAGCAAUAAGAAGGAACAAAUCUAUUAAGAAUUUGACAGUUUUAUAAGUCUAAAGAAAAAUAAAGACAAAUUUUCAAAUCUUACUAUCAAA